AUGGCACGAAAGAAACCCUCAUCAUCUGCUUCACCGAUCGCAAUAGGGAACUGUCAGGUGGUUGUUGAAGCAAAGAACUUCAAUGCUGAGUCUAAUCAAAACAGUCUUCAGAUAUCUGUAUCCGGCAAAUCCAAAAUCGUAAUAUCCGGUAUUGAUCUGAUCAAUGAAACGAAACCACCUAAAUUUGUGGAGGAUGCACUUGGAAAAGAACGUAACGAUCUCCAACGUUCUAGUUUUGGAGAAAAUGGAAAUUAUUGCUUCGUGCUUGUUAACCCCAAGGAUUCUGAUGCCCAAUCGAAGUCUCUCCUCCAAGAAAUAUUAAACUUAUACGAGAAAGAACUACCUUCAAUGAACUAUGCUGCAAAUACUGGAAAGAAGUCUACGUUUCUUGAACGAUGUGUAUCCAAUGGGAAGUACUGCACGUUGGUUUUGAAAUCCAAUUCUGAGGAAGGUUCUGGAGAGGUUGUGGCUGCAAUAAGUUUUCAGAUAAUCCCUGCUGAUACUCAAUAUGCUGAGGUUCCACUUGCUGCUGUCUGUUCAGUUUACCAACAUAAGGGCAUUGGCCACCGCACAUAUUUGGAAAUGAGGAAAAGACUGCAGGGUGUUGGUGUACAUUCUAUAUUUUGCUGGGCUGAUGAGGAAUCUGAAGGAUUUUGGCUCAAGCAGAGCUUUGUACCGGUUGGUCAAGUAGACACCAAGGGUAGAGCUCGAAGGUUACCAAUUAGGACAGAUAUAAGGAAAGCGCUAUGCUUUCCUGGUGGUUCAACYCUCAUGAUUGCUCAUCUUCACAAGGAAUGUUCAGAUAUCUCUGCAGAGUCUUUACGGCUGUCUUCUGUAUUUAAGCCUGUUCAUAAGCCAUUAACUGCCACUAUGGUUCAGAGUCAAUGUCCUGGAGCUGAAGAAGUGUUGAAAAAUAACUACUUGACGGAUGGUUGCCAAGACCUUGUUUGUUUGGAUAGUGAGGAAUGCAUUAAUAUGGGAAACAAUGAAGAUGAGAUGAGAAUUAGAAGCGAUGGUGAUGCUUGGCAUUGUUCAUGUUCUUCAUCGGGUGCAAAGAAGAGGACUUGGGAAACGUCCCAUACCUCACUGAAAUCGAAAAAAGUGAAGGGAAGCCAUCUGAAGGUUUGUCAAUCAGACAGUGGCUGUGUUUCAAGAAGAAAUAAAACUAGUGGAUGUUGUAUGGAUGCAAGCCCUAUGACCAUUGCGAAGGAUGAAGUGGCAGAUUUCACACCUACACUUGGUGGGCCUUUAAGCCACAUUCAUGCUCUAGAAUGCAGCCUAGGUGCUAGAACCACAAAUAAUCAUGGCUGUGUGGAACUUCUUUCAGAAAGAAACUGCUAUAAAAUCAUGCUGAUGAACAUUGCAGAUGAUGCUAAAAAGUCAAAUCUGACAAAGAUAAUCGAGGACCUUGGUGGCUCUGUUACAUCUGACGGAAGAGGAAGCACACAUGUUAUCACUGGAAAAGUGAGAAAGACGCUGAAUUUCUGUACAGCUCUCUGUUCAGGAGCCUGGGUUAUAUCACCUGGUUGGCUGAAAGAAAGCUUCAGAGAAGGCAGAUUCGUGGAUGAAACGCCUUUCAUUGUGAAAGAUCUCGAGUAUGAGUUGAAGUACAGGACUGAGUUAAAAGGUACAGUACUUAGAGCAAGAGCAAGUCCUGGUGCUUUGCUUAAAGGUUUUGAAGUAUGCCUUGCUGCUCAUGUGCAGCCUCCUAUCAGUACYCUGUCUGCAAUUGUGAGGUCUGCAGGUGGAAAUGUUAUUCGCAAUCUAGAGAAAGUGAAGGAUUCAUCAAAAACCAUAUUUGUGGCAAGUGAAGAGAGUAUGGAUGAAGCAUUGUCAGCUGUAAAGAAAGGCAUACCAACAUUCAGUAAUGAAUGGUUCAUGAACUGUGUCAUGAAACAAGACCUGGACUUGGAGGCUCCUCAAUUUGCUGAGUCCCUCUAA